ACCAGAGUACAACCACUUAUUUUCUCUUGCCUGGGAAAGAGACAAAUGGAUGUUUUUCUCCAGAAAGGUACUUGAAAAUUCUCUGUACGCCAAGAAGUACGUUUUCUCACAAUGAAAGCUGGCUUGGACAUUCACACCUGCGGCCUCAACUUGGUUUUCUCAGCACUGUUGAUUCAUGGUGCUCGCGCAGCACAAGGGAAAUAUGCCCAAAUGCUUUUUAAUGAACUGUUUGAGGACUACUCAAAUGCUCUUAGACCAGUGGAAGAUACGGACACAGUACUGAAUGUCACCCUUCAAAUCACACUUUCCCAAAUUAAAGAUAUGGAUGAAAGAAACCAAAUUUUAACAGCCUAUUUAUGGAUUCGCCAGGCUUGGUACGAUGCCUACCUGAAGUGGGACAAGGAUAAAUACGAUGGGCUGGAUUCUAUCCGAAUUCCCAGCAACCUUGUAUGGAGGCCGGACAUUGUCCUCUACAACAAGGCUGAUGAUGAUUUUUCUGAGCCUGUGAACACCAACAUUGUACUGAGGUAUGAUGGAAAAAUUACUUGGGAUUCACCAGCUAUAACAAAGAGCUCAUGUGUGGUGGAUGUUUCCUACUUCCCCUUCGACAGCCAGGAAUGCAACCUUACCUUUGGUUCCUGGACCUAUAAUGGCAACCAGGUGGAUAUAUUCAAUAUCUUAGACAGCGGUGACCUCUCAGACUUCAUCGAAGAUGUGGAGUGGGAGAUUCACGGCAUGCCAGCCGUUAGGAACGUGAUCACGUAUGGCUGCUGCUCAGAGCCUUAUCCAGAUGUUACGUUCACCCUUAUUUUGAAAAGGAAAUCGUCUUUCUACAUAUUUAAUCUCCUCCUUCCUUGCCUUUUGAUCUCUUUUCUGGCUCCGCUGGGAUUCUAUCUACCAGCAGACUCUGGAGAAAAGGUCUCUCUUGGAGUUACUGUACUGCUUGCUCUAACUGUGUUCCAGCUAAUGGUUGCAGAAAGCAUGCCUCCUUCUGAAAAUGUACCCUUGAUCGGUAAAUAUUACAUUGCUACCAUGACAAUGAUCACAGCAUCCACAGCGUUGACCAUCAUUAUAAUGAAUAUUCACUACUGUGGAUCAGGAGCCAAACCUGUCCCACAAUGGGCCAGGGUGGUUAUUUUGGACUACAUGUCAAAGAUCUUCUUCGUUUACGACGUGGGUGAAAACUGUACAAGCUUGCGACGUGUGGAAGACCAAGAUUCAAAGCAGGAAAAAACCAAUGCGGGUGCAAGAGAGGAAGAGAUACAUGAAGGGGGAAGGAGAUCCCUGGUUAGGAUCAAAAGCAACGGCGGGGACCUCAGAAAGCCGCUACCCAGAGAUGCGAAUGACGGAUACACAGUCCCAUGUGAAAAUGCAAGGGAUAUUGUUAGUUGUUGCUCAUGUUACAAAAUACUGAUUAAGAACAUUGAAUACAUUGCGAAUUGUGUGCGGCGCCAGAAAGCCAACCACGCAAAAGGGGUGGAGUGGAAAAAGGUGGCCAAAGUGAUGGACAGGUUCUUCAUGUGGAUCUUUUUCAUGAUGGUCUUUUUCAUGAGCGUGCUGAUCAUUGGCAAAGCACUUUGAACUGAAGCCUAAGCAGGGCUGUGCUGGAUUCCCUGUUCCUCAAACGUUCCCGCCAUGUUGCAGCAGGUUCCUAAGCUUAGCGGGAAAAGUUGGUUAAUUUCCUCCCCGCUCUUCUCCAUUGGAUAGAAUGCAUUUGUUAUGAUUGUAGCCAGUGAUCGUAAGCGGGCUUGAUUUAGGCAGAAAACUCAGUGAUAAUGUCCAGCAAGCGUAUACAGGAUAAAACAAGUUGGUCUAUCUAUCUUGAUAGUACAUGGUAAAUGGCUGAAGAACUCUCAAAGGGAAAAGAGAAAUUCUAGAGCAGUGUUUCCCAACCUUUCCAACGUCGCGGUACCCUUGACCUGGCUCUUCAUAUAUCAGGGUACCCUUCAGGUUCAUUUGAUUUGUUUUUGCAUUUUUUUAGGGUUUUUCCAUUUUUGGCCCAUAGGUGGGGGGAGUAGCAAGCAGGGGAAGGG